AUGCUGUUCUGCGUUCCCCCGCGAGGGCGUCCUGGCCAUCGCUCGGACGUCCGUUUCCCUGUGCUUUUUUUCGGUGUCGUGCGUGGAUGUUCGCAGGAUGAUCCAGGAUGCUCCUCGAUCAUCCCGGCCGAGAAAAAAUGCACACGUCCGAGCGACACCAAGCGUCUGCCUGAGGCGCCCCGCGGCGCCACCUCUCGCCGUGAACGGCCGACGGCGGCAGCGGCGGCUGCGCGCCCGUCCAGGGGAGAGGCGAGGAGCACAGGCGGCAGCGGCUGGGUCGCACUGCCAGCACGACGGCCCGAGGCUGCGAGCAAUUGGCACGCACGGAGCUACAAGCGAGCUCACCACCAAUUCGCACAGGAGGCCCUGGAGUAG